AUGAUUCUCGACAAACUAUCAUCUAUUUACGAAAGCAAAAAUGCUUUAUUGGGUGGUCUGGAUGCGCUAGAUCGAGCAAAAGCCUCUUCUCAGGAUAAAGCUGCCGAAAAGAUACUAAAGUACCAGUACAAGCAGUGGGGCAACAAAGCAAUCUUUUCGAUAAGCCGGCCUUUUCCGCGUGGGUCGGCUUCGUCUCGUCAAUAUCGUCGGAUGGUUUAA